AAGGUUUCGGCGACACAGGGUGACGGCGGCGACCAGGUCGGCACGGGCGGAUGGCUUCUUCAGCUGACAUGCCUGUGAAUUAUGAAACGAUGUUUGCUCAUCGCUUUACGCUAGAGGAUAAGGAAUACCAGGAGUACCUGAAACGCCCUACGGAUCCACCGCCCAUAGUUGAAGAGUGGAGAAAUAGAUCGGGUGGKAACAGAAACAGAGAUCGGUUUCAGGAUGGCAGAUACUUCAGAGGGGACAGAUACAACUGGCAAGGUGACCACAGAUUUAAUCAGAGACCAGAAAGAAGCUGGGGUAAUAACUACCAGCAGCACAGACAAGGACAAUCUUAUUCUUCCCAUUAUGGACAGUAUGGCUACAACUCCUAUAACCCUGGGCGUCGUUACCAUCCCUACUGAUGAGAUUUGUGCUUUGAAGGUCCUGUAACAACGUGUAAAACAGUCAGCUGGGCUUUGUCUGUCUCAGUUUUCGAAUUUUUCCACAGUCUUUUAGAUAACUAAGAGUCAAGUUUGAAGUCCAUUUCUGUUUAUGUGUAGUGAAAACUAAAGCAGGAAGAACCCUUUUUGAGUAAUAAAGGCAUAUCUAAGUUUGUGUGGACUCUGCAGAUCUUAAAUUGCUAUCUCCUUCUUUGUUUAUUAAUACACUUUUCUGUUACGUUUUGGAAAACAGGUCGGGGACUAGUCUGCAACUUACUCUACUAGCACAUGGUCUUAAUAUGGUUCUUUUUGAAAGGCACAUAUUGUGUCUUUCUUUAGAGAGAAGUUCUAAGUUUGGCUUCUACUACUGAGAAAAAUAUGGUUUGGUUUGAAUUUCAGCUGUUUCAAAAGGAGAUGCUGUAACAGCAAGACUUUAUGGUGUGCUGACACUUAUGAGAUCCCUAGAGAGGAACUAUUGAUGAGAAAUUGAGAAGCCACACAUGCUAUCAUCUUAAAAUGUUUUUGAUAUGUGCAUGUCACAUUUUGGGAUUCCUGUUUAAGUAAAGCUGUUAAAUCCUGAUGACUGUAGUUUUUAUGGAGAGUUUUGUGGAUGUCUUGAACUGCAAUAACUAC